AGAACGAGAAGACUACAGCGUCUUUCGAAUUCGGGGUUCAAGACAUGUAUCCAUUCCAAUCCUUUUCAUCAGGACUAUGUGGUCACAUUCCACCUGGAAAUGGACAGAGUCAAAGAUCAACAACAAAGGCAAUUGUUUAAACAAUCAACAUGGCCCGAGUUUGAAGGGUACUUCAUCCUCUUCCCGCACCAACUCAGUUCAGAGGCUGGGGAGUUACCAGGCGAACUAAGUUCAAUUCUUCAUGUUAUCGGUCAGAUUUUCCCCUCACAUCAGAAAGUUUGGGUUAGAUCAAAGUCUUUGUUGGAUAGCGGCCGAGGAAGCUUUACUCUUUCAAGCAGGAUUUCUGGUGGUCGAAGGAGCAGAAAAAAUGGCUCAGAGUCAUCGGGGUUAUUGGGUGGACAACAUUGGAAGAAGAGGCAUCAUAAAGUUACCUCCCAGAGACAAUUUAAUCUCAAGACAGAGAUAAUGGGAGAGCUAGCUGUCUAUGUUCUUUUGUGAAUCACAUAAACCGGCUUUAGUCUAGAAUUGUUUCAAAUAAAAAUCACAUGUCAGUGAUAAAUGGAUGUAGAGUCUGGGGUUUGUAAAGUAUAUUACUUUGUGGGUUGGAGGGUAUUAAACUGAGUUUUUAUUUAAU